AUCAAAAAACAAGAGAUGGGUCGAGGAAAGAUCAAGAAAAAGAAGAUUGAUGAUGCUAGACAAGUCAAAUUCUCUAGCGCUCGUGCUAACUUGCUCAAGAAAGCCCAUGAACUUUCAGUUCUUUGUGAUGCUGAAGUUGUUGUUGUAAUCUUUUCUAGGACUAGACACCUGUAUGAGUUUGCUAGCUCUAGUGUGAACCAAGUGCUUGCACGAUACAACAAAUGUCUAGUAGAAUACUCGGAAGCUUCUAAACUACAGCCGGAGGCACAGGCUGGUGUUUUUGUAGGUUGAGAAAAGUUUUUUUGCUUUAUGAGGUACACUUGAUGCGGACAUUUCGAGGUUUACGUUUUAUUUUUCUUUUUCCCUCUUAUAGUUUAUUAGUAGUCUUUUAAGGAAGUUGGCUAAUCAAACGUAAACAAACUUUUGUUCCUUGUUUGAAAGCAAUUUCUGGCUUGGACCAAUUUGAGAAGGUUUUGUAUGACAGAUCCAGUUGCUUACACCUGACCGAUAUGGGCCCAUGUUAUGGGUACCAUUAGUACAUUACUACUACCAUUUAAUAUCACAUCACUUACAUGUUAGACCAUAUAUAAUGCUUAAUAGAAGCUUUUUCUUUUUGCUCAGUAAAUAACAUGCUCUUUAACAAUCUUGAUCUUCAAAACUUCCAAAAUUUGAUGAUUGUAGCUUUUAGUGUGCAUGCUUAUGUUCACGGAUGUUUGUAUUAUUCAAUCCACAAGAUUCUCCGGAUACAACCUAUCUGAAGGUGCUAGAUCAACAGUUAUCUUUUUCUCGCAUUCAUUGCUUAAAAUUAAGUUCCCAAAGAUAUGAGUUCAUCUAGAAGUGGUGGACAUUAUUUCCCGGGUUUUUUUAGAGAUCAUUGAAUAGGUAUCAUAUGCGGUUUAAUUUACUCAGAGUUCAUAUCUACGAAUCGUGUAAUCCUUUUAGUAAUUACAUUUAUGAUUUUAUCGAGGCAAAUGUGUUAUGCUGCCGUGUUCUGUUUGUGUUUAAAACUGUUAUAUUAUAAAUUACUUCAAAUUUUUAGAGUGGUUAUGUGUAUCUUAAGGUAGCUGUCCAUAGUUUCUUCUCUCGAAUAUGAUAAACCUUUUGCAAAAGUUUUAGAAUCAAGGUGCAGUUCUUCCUGAUUAUAGAGCCAUCACAAUUGUGGUACAGGAUCAUGUGCAUAACCAGCAGUGUCAGCAGGAUCUUGAUUCUUCCAAAUCAAGAUACUUAUAUAUUUACAUAUAUGUGGCUUCCAGAACUUUCCUGCUUGGUGACUUUCUUAGUACUAUAAAACUUUCUGCAAGUAUAUAUAUUUUUGAAGUGGGUCAUUAGCUAUAACAUGAACCCCUCCAAUAAUGCAAUAUAUUGACAUAUAACACUUCGCUACACCUUGUUAUCAGGAACUUGGUGUUUAAUUUGACCCUCUACCUUCAUAUGUUGGUCCUUCAACUAAUAGCCAGAUGGAACAACUGUUUUCGCAGAGAUCAGGCCAACCGGAGUGUCAAUAUUACAUGAAGAAUGGGGGCUGCAUCCGAGCUCUCUUACAAGUAUCACCAGCCAGCAGACUGCAUGGCAUCAAAGAAAAAUUGUGUUUUUAGCCACUUAGGGCUACCUUAAUGCCAGUGAAAAAGAAAUGCAUGAACUCGUGAUAGAGCACAACUUGUAGAGUUGUGACUGAUAUGCUCAUAUAUCAUGUUUUAGUGUCUAAUCUGAAUCUCGUUGAACAAGGAGACUUAGAGG